GAUCAUGAUGAGCUCACCAAAAGCGGUCCCUUGGAUCUGCCUUUUCUCCAUUUUGGUUCACAAAGUAUAUGGAACAACCUUCUCCAAUCUUGGAAUUCAAUUCUCGGCCUCCUGCAGAGGCUUCUCUAGUCUCAAUAACACCAACGAAUGUAAUCCUUGCUCAAAACUUUGUCGUAGCUACCUUGAAGAAGGCAACAAACUUGAUCCGAAAUCUCAUGGCGUUGAGAUCGACGCCUCUGAUACUCAAUGCUCGCAAAUCAAGAUUGAAACCAACCAAAUCCUUUGCUUUGACAAUCUGAUUCUCAACGAUGACAAGCUCACCAUUGUGGACCAUGGGCAUGUGUCAUCAGUUCAAUCACUUUUAUACCUUGGAGCGCAUGAUUCAAACACAAUCAAGUUUUUCCCUGCAGUGGAAGCCAGCGUCCCAUUUCCAGAUUUUGUUCACCCAAGAUGGCCAUUUACCACGAUGGAUACUCUUUAUACAUUCUCAGUGGUGUACAAUCACGGAUUACUGAUAUGUUUGAUGACACUUACCGCUUGCUUUCACUGGUCAUUCCAUUCAGGCACAUCCUCAAAAACCGAUAUCUGGACACCUAUGCCAGUUCCCUUACAAUAUCAUAAUGCCGGUGCCAUGGGUCUCUUAAGCGGGCGUCCCAUUGUGGUGGGCGGAAUUAAUAAAUUCGAUACUUCACAAGAAUCAGUGGAAAUUUUUGAUCCCGUCACAAAUGCCUGGACUGCCAAGCCCAAUCUGAGGCCCCCUCGGAGUCAACAUACCCUUGUUCAAGUGGACCCUGGAACUGUAAUUGUGAUUGGAGGGUGGACACUCCCUCAAUCUCAAGUAGUAGGUUACACUGAUAUGCUCUCAAGUGAAGACUCCCAAUGGACUAAGCUGCCAGACCGACCGGAAGUCGCCUAUGGUUGUGCUUGUGGAAUGGUUCAGUUAGCCGAUGGAAGAAAUGGUAUUCUGUCAAUUGGUGGGAAAGGCAAAUCAAGCCUAUUGAGCACAGCCUAUUUCCUUGAUUUGGCUUCGACAACUUAGACCCCCGUUGCCAAAUAUGACGUCCCAUACCCAUUUUAUUUUGGCCCUUUGUUCCAAGUGGACACUAAGAUUUACGUCAUACCAAAAGGACAAAGUCGUCAAUUCGUCAAGGAUGUGUAUCAAGCCAAUCAACCGUGGGAACAAAGACCCUCUCCAAAGAAAGGAUUAGGGGAAGGCUCUUAUCUGCCAAUCAUUGAGCUCAGGAUCAUCAAUAUGACAACAAAUUAGUCAAGUUCGCCUAGAAAAUGAAUGAUACGAAAUAAGGUUAAGCAUAGACGCCUGAAACCUAUAAAGUGUAGCUGCUUGGUAGUACAAAAGCAAGAUUUUCUCAAUGGAAUUUACUCGAACUCUGUCUAUGAAAUAAACUUAAUUUCUUGAAAGCAAUUUUUGAUUGUAGGUAUUCUGAAAUACUUGCCUUAGAAUAAUUGGAAAUCAGCAGGUUUUCUUCCCGAGUUUGUCCUGAGAUGGAACUUUGUGCAUGUAAAAGUCAGACCUAUCUCAUGCCUGAAUGAGCUCACCCACAGAGACCUCUAACUAGUUGCAGGCAUCCUUGGCUCAUCCACGAAGAACUAAAUUCAUGGAGACCUCUGCUCGGGCUGUCUGCUGUACAUCUUUAUUAAAUCUGAUCGCAAUUAAGCCACUGAUUUUUUCAUUGACAAUAUCAAUUAGGUAUAAGCUGAAGGAGCUUACAUACCAAGUUUCGGCACGAUUCGGGCUUUGGUUGACGAGUAACAAUGAAUUGAAAUUUAGUACUAUCUGUGUAAAUGAGCGCGUCAUUUGAAAGGAAGUUGACACCACAAUCGUUCAAAAGGAUUGGAUCUUGGUGACACAAGUUUGUACAUCGUAACAAUGACUUUAGUAGGUCUUAAAAUGUCCUCAGUUCUGCAAAAAUCACUCUAUCGUUCUGAAAGUUCGCACCUAGGCUUCAGAUGGCCAAACCCGAAAUUGGCUACAAAAUUAAAAAAGUUAUGUGCUUGACCAGAAGUGGUUGUGCGGGACAACUUUCGUGGCUAGUUUACAACCUUUCCCUGUCUUUGAUUGUAAGAAAGUCUGUAAUAAUUCCUCGGAUUGAGCUGACCAGAGCAGUGUUGGCUGUUUGCCUCGCUCUUGAAACCAAGAAAUAUAUGGGCGUUGAUCCUGAGGCAGAAUUUAAAUCAGACAUGGACAAGUUUUUAAUCAAAUCUCCCUAAAUCCUGAGCCCAAUUUUUGUGAACUGAAGGAGUGAAUCUUCGAUCGAGAAAAUCUAAAAUCCUAUCAAUGAUUUGACUUUGGAAAACACCCUGGUUUCAUCAAGGCCACUUUAUAAGUGAGAACAGCUUCUCCAAGACCAUGUUAUCGAAGAUUGACUUUGCUUGGACACCUUGAUUGGUGGUCAUGGUGUCCAGAUUGAUCCUCCCGCAUGUUAUGUUAGCAAUUGAUGUAAACUCUCAAAUCCCCAGAAUGGAGAGGUGUUGGAUUAUCAAGAACUUCAGAUCGAAGUAAUGGGCCGUCUCCCUAAGUAUUCUUUUCGCCCAAGAUACUUUGAGAGAAGAGAACCAGUGAUCGGAGCCAAUGGACUUGAGAUUAAUCCGGGCCUUCAUUUAAAUCCACCUACUCCUCGACCUCAACCAUAGAGACAUCAUAACAUCCAUGCCCGUAUUUUCAAAUAAGAUCAAAGA